AUGUCAGAAGGAAGAGAGACCCUAUUUUCAAAGCACCAUGAAUCUAUCUAUCAUCUAUCAAUAUCUAUCUAUCUAUUCAUCGCAUCUAUCUAUCCCUAUCUAUCUUCCUAUCAAUCAUUCAUCUAUCUAUUUAUAUCUAUCUAUCAUCUAUCUAUCUAUCCCAAUCUCUUCCUAUUCAUCUAUCUAUCUAUCUAUCUAUCUAUCUAUCUAUAUAUAUAUCUCUUCAUAUCAUCUAUCUAUCUAUCUAUCUAUCUAUAUCUAUCUAUCUAUCUAUCUAUCCUUUUUAUACAUUCAUAUAUCUGCCAUAAAGUUUGUUUGCUCUUUCUUUCUUUCUUUUUUUCUAUAGUUUCACCAUCUUUCUUUCUUUUUUAUAAUCUCCCUAUAAUAUUUCUUUCUUUUUCAACAGUCUUUCUUUCUUUCUUUCUUUCUUUCUUUCUUUCUUUCUUUUCUAUAGUUUCUCUAGUUUUCCGUCUUUCUUUCUUUCUUUUUAUAGUCUCCCUAUCCUAUUUCUUAUUUUCUUUUCUUCUCUUUCCAAAUUUCUUUUUCCUUCGUUCCUUUCUUUCUUUCUUUCUUUCUUUCUUUCUUUCUUUCUUUCUUUUCUAUUCUUCAGUCCUUCUUUCUUUCUUUCUUUCUUUCUUUCUUUCUUUCUUUCUUUCUUUCUUUCUUUCUUUCUUUCUUUUCUGUACUUUCUUUCUUUCUUUUUUUCUUUCUCACUUUCCUGUUUAUGUAUUUCUUCUCUCUUUAUUUUAUUUAUUUAUUUUUCAAUUGUUUCUUUCUUUCUUUCUUUCUUUCUUUCUUUCUUUCUUUCUUUCUUUCUUUCUUUCUUUUCAUCCUGAAUUAUUUUUCUUGUGCAAUUCUUUCCUUUCCAUUUUAUUUUUAUCUUUAAAAUUUUGUCAAUGCUUUUCGCAUUUUUUCUCUAUCGAAAAUUUUACUAUCUUGUUUUUUUUUAUUUACCGUCUUCUUUUCUUGUCUUUUUUUUCUCUGCCCCCUCUUUUUCUUGCUUCUCUAUCUAUUCUUCUCUUCAUUAAUUUCCACCUCAAUUCCUUCUGA